UGACGUCCGGUGCGCGCAUGCGUAGAAUGAUCGGUUGACAAAGCAAGAUGGCGUCUGACGGAGAAGGCCUAAACGCGGGCAUUAUAUUUCUGUAUUCUUACAUAUAUGUUGUUUAAUAGAGUACACACGGUUAAUAAUUGUUUGUAGCCGGAUACAUUCGUCUGAGCGCACUUUGACACUUCUCCUGUUUGAUAGCUUCACUUAAGGUAGCUUGCAGCUAGUUUAGCUGGCUAGUUAGCUUAGCUUGUUAGCUGCUAACAAAGAGACGCGGAAGUUAUUUAAACAUCGCUAAGUAGGGAACUAAUGUGAGUGUAAAGUGUGGGAAAGAACGAUGGCAAAGUACGGGGAGGAACUUUGUCCAACAAAAGAGGAGAAGGAGCGACAUCAACUACAGGAUCUUUAUUAUGAGAAACAUCAUGAAGUUGUGUUACACAGAACAGACGUCUGUGAAGAACAACUUCUGCCUGAAAAACAGGAGUGUAGCUUCAGGAUGGUGAAGGAGGAUCCAUCAAAGAAGAAGAUCCGGUGUCACGGACCCUCUGGUGCCUCCUUUUCCUUUUUGACACAGACUCCUCCCUGUAAAAAUGAAGAGGAAGACUCACCGACGCCCCACAUUAAAGAGGAAGAGGAGGAACACAGUGUCAGGAGGGAGGGAGAGCAUUUUGAAGAACUGAUGGAGUUCCCAGUGACUGGUGUCCCUGUGAAGAGUGAAGGUUAUGAGGUCAAAGGUGAAGGUGAGGAGAGGGGAGGGGGGGAGCCUCCAAGCAGCAGCUCAACACAACACAUGACAACAGAAGCUGAUGGAGACCACUGUGGAAGAUCACAAGCAGACAAGCUCUUAGCUCCACUAUCAGAUAGUGAGGACACAACGUCACACUCUCCUGACACUGAUGAUGAAGACUCUAAAGAUGAUAAGACAUGUCACACUGACAACACUCACUUGAAAUGUUCUCUCUGUGACAAAAUAUUUAAAUACCAUUGUCGUCUGAAAACACACAUGAGAACACACACUGGAAAGAAACCUUUUUCUUGUUCAAUCUGUGGCUUAUCUUUUACAAGGAAGGAAAAUAUGAAAGAGCACACAAGAACACAUAAAGUAGAAAAAACUUAUGCGUGUCAUGUGUGUGAUUCAAGGUAUGUACGAAGUCAAGGUUUGAAAGAACACCUGAAAAGACACACUGGGGAAAACCUUCUUAAGUGUUUUGUGUGUAAUUCAAGUUUUGUCCAAGGUGAUCAUUUGAAAAGACACAUGAGAACACACACAGGAGAAAAACCUUUUACCUGUUCACUCUGUAGUAAAGGUUUUGCACAAAGUCAAAAUUUGAAAGUACACAUGAGAAAACACACUGGUGAAAAGCCUUUUUCCUGUUCAAGCUGUGACUCAUCUUUUACAAGGAAUGAAUAUUUGAAAGUGCACAUGAGAACACACACUGGUGAAAAACCCUUUUUCUGUUCAGAAUGUGGUAAAGGUUUUACAAAAAAAAAUGUGUUAAACGUACACAUGCUAAUACAUACUGGAGAAAAACCUUUUACUUGUUCAAUAUGUGGCAAAAGUUUUACACACUGUCAGAGUUUGAAAAAACACACACUUUUACACACUGGUGAAAAACCUUUUAUUUGUUCAAUCUGUAGUAAAGGUUUUGUACAGAGUAACAAUUUGAAAGUACACAUGAAAACACACACUGGUGAAAAACCUUUUUGCUGUUUAGUCUGUGGUAAAGGUUUUGCACAAAGUCAAAAUUUAAAAAAGCACAUAAGAACACACACUGGUGAAAAAUCACAUUCAUGUUCAAUCUGCAACAUGAGCUUUUGUGAACGAUCAACCCUUAGAACACACAUGAAAAGACACCCAGAAGAGAAAGUGUUGAGUUGCAGUGUGUGUGGUGAAAGAUUCUCUUAUAAGUACCAGUGUAAGAAACACAAGUGUGCUGGUGAGAACAGCAGCAGCAAAUGAAACUGCAGGAUUUAAAAUAAACUGUCAAGACUUUAAUUUUGACUUUCUAACAACAUCAGCACAUGUAACAUGUGUGACAUUGUUGUUUGUGUAACAAUGUUUUUAACAUGCUUCUACAUUUAUAGAUUAGAUUUUUUAUAUUAGUAUUUAUAUAUUAAUGUAUAUACUUGUUUUCAAUCAAGUAUAUACAUUAAUAUGCAACAUUGUGUACUUUCAUUAAAAAUUGAACAGAUCAAUUUGGCUGAAACGGUGAGAGUAAACAGUACAAGACAUACAAUAAACAUUUUAUGUGUAUAUUUAUAUAUUCAUCAGACAAUUUUAGACUAAUUCAUAAUACUGUUUUUAUAGGUGCUUGAAAUAUUGAAGUGUGACAAAUUUGUAUUUCUAAUUGUUAAACAUCCCAUAGAUUAGCACCUUUAUAUGAUAUACAAAUUUACUGGUUUACAUCUGAAACAUCUUCUGGACCACUUCAGGAAAUAUGUUAUUAUUUACUUUAUACAUCAUUUGAACAGUUGUCUUUUAUAAAAUUUUAAAAUGUGUGACUUUAUUAAUUAUUUGUUGGGUCUCUAUACCAUUGUAUCAAUUAUCUUUAGCACUCUCUUUUGUAAUAUGAUGAUUGUGUUGUGAUUGUUUUAUAUGUAUGUCCCCAGACCUUUAUGCAAUAUUAAAGUGAGAGAAAAUGGCCGAA